CUUGUCAGUGACGCUGUCAGUGAUUUUAGUAAUUACUGAGUUUGUAACUGAGUACCUGGGUACCACAUGAAUCAAGAUCUGUUCCUCCGGUCCUUCGAGUGCGUCCGGCCGUGGAUAUCGUGAAUAAAUAAGAUUCCCAGUAGUGCCUCAUAGUCCUUAUAUAUAGUUAGGGCGAUCCUUGUGAGUCCUUGUCGUCGUUCCCCGUCGAUUACUCUAGUUCAGUCUAUUAACGAUGUCUGACGGUCAUCUGCACGAGAAGAACUCAGACAUCGACAUUGAGAAGGAUUCCGCGUCCAGAGAUGAUCCCUCCGUGAUCAUCCCGGGAGAGAAACACGGAUGGGUCUCCUACCCGUUAGCAAAGUCCCUUCUCAGUUGGGGCGUGGAGGAACGAGGCACUGUUCCAGUUCCCGAAGAGGAGCGGACGGACACCCAAUACUAUAAGAUCUUUUUCGUUUGCUUCUCCACCGGAACACUCGGUCCAGUCAUUUUCGGACUUGGCCUUCGUGAUUCCUGUCUUGUUAUCUUAUUCUUUAAUCUCCUGGCAUGCGCGUUGCCCGCAUAUUUAAAUACUUGGGGUCCCAGAACUGGCAUGCGUCAGAUGAUCCAAUCCAGAUAUAGUUUUGGCUACUUUGGCAUCAUUAUACCCGCUAUCCUCAAUCUGAUCGGCCUGUGUGGCUUCAAUAUCCUCAAUGGCAUACUCGGCGGACAAGCACUCGCUAGCGUGUCUAGUAAUAUGAGCUGGAAUGUUGGCAUCGUCAUCAUUUUUAUUAUCGCUCUUCUCAUCUCCUUCAUGGGCUACAAAGUACUCAACUGGUACGAACGUGUUUCGUGGUUUCCAGUGCUUAUCGCAUUCUUGGUUGCACUGGGCGUGGGUGGCAAGAACUUGUACAAUGUUCAACCAGCCGAACCUGCAACUGCUGUUACUAUUCUCAGCUUUGCAUCUGUUAUUGCCGGAUUCGUCAUUACCUAUUCGGCAAUGGCCUCCGAUUUCACGAUGUACUACUCGCCCACCGUUUCCCGGUCCACAAUCUUUUGGUACGCAUACUUCGGAUACAUCGUCCCUAUCAUCCUUCUCGAGUGCCUUGGAGCUGCGGCAGUCCUUGCUGCGCCUAAUGUUCCUAGCUGGAACGAGGGUUACGGAACGGAAGGCAACGUCGGCGGCCUCUUGGAGGCAAUGCUCAGCCCGGUCGGCAACUUCGGGAAGUUCCUCACCGUUCUUCUCAGCCUGAGCGUCACCGGCAACAUUGCGUGCACACUCUACUCUAUUUGCUUCAACUUCCAGGUGAUGAUCCCAGCCAUGUCAAAAGUGCCAAGAUAUGUAUUCUCGAUUGUUGGCACGGUAAUUGCAUUGCCUUUAUCAAUCGUGGGCGCUCAUAGAUUCUAUGCGACAUUGACCGACUUCCUUUCACUCAUUGGUUACUGGGCGAGUGCAUAUGGUGCCAUUCUCCUUGUCGAGCACCAUUACUUCCGGAACGGUGACUUCAGCACCUAUGACCACGCCAUAUGGAACGUCCCAGGGCGUCUGCCCUGGGGAGCAGCUGCCAUCACAGCUUGCGUACUCUCUUUCGCUCUAAUUAUCCCCUGCAUGAACCAGGUAUGGUUCCAGGGCCCCAUUGGCAUCACCUCAGGCGAUGUCGGUUUCGAGGUUGCCUUCCCUCUAGCAGGCAUACUUUACUUCCCCCUCCGAAUGCUAGAGCUUAACUACCAGAAUACGCGCUAUUAAGUACCGCUCUGGUGAGAUAGUAAUGUGCUGUGUCAUACUACGGAAUGUGUACUAUCUUAAUAUCCAUGUAUCCUGAUUUGUUGACAGCGAGUGAAGGUUGCUCUGCGCCCAUGUGAAAUUUAGCCUACCCCUGCCUAUUCGCGCGUUCUAGACGGGGAUAUUCUAGGUACACUCACGAAAAGGUCAAUGCAAAUAGAUGUCUCCUGAGAUAUCAGGCGCCUACAC